AUGGACGAAUUUAAGCUACGGGCUGGCGAGAAGCUUGAGGCGAUUCACUCAGCAGCUAUAGCAGCAGCGGAUGGGAGUAGAACAAGAGUCCAGGAAGUAGCAUCACAAACAAGUGAACUCAUUAGAAAGAUUCGUGAGGCAUUCCAAGAGCUAUGGCAGAAUGAUUUAAUCAUAGAAAGCCGCCAACGAGUGGCUGCAUGGUCGCGAGACGCCGUGCAACGUAUAAAAGAUGGCACUCCGCCCCUCUCACCGUUACUGCUGUAUGAUGAGCUGGUCACGCUGUUCAAAGAUCGAAUGUGGCGGCGCAGCGUGGCGCUGUUUGGGCUGGGCGCGCUGCUGGGCGGCGGCGCCGGCCUGCUGCUGGGGCUCCGCGCCGCGGCCCGCGCGCCCCCGGGCCCGCACGCCCGAGCGCUGCUGGCGCAGCCCGACCGAGCCGUGUUGCUGGUCGACGAUGCUGUUAUGCCAGGUGCUGGUGCGGGGGAGGUGCUAGUGCGCGUGCAGGCGUUCAGCGUGUGCGCCUGCGACCGCAGCGUGCUGCGUGGCCGCGCCGCAGCACUGCGGGCGCUCGCAGCAUCCACGCAGCUCUGCAUCGGACGCGGGUUCGCCGGCGUUGUGCUGGACGCGGGGCCGGGCGUGGAGCUGGAGCUGGGCGACGAGGUGUGGGGCUGCCUCAGCGAGUGGAGCGGCGGCGCCGCCAGUGAGCUGCUCACGCUGCGCAGUUCGCGCGUGAGCAAGCGUCCUCGAGGGCUGAGUGCGGACGUGGCUGCAUCGCUGCCGUGGGCGGGCACCUGCGCCAUACACGCUCUGCACGUGGCGCCCUACGCACACGACUGUUGGAAGGGGAAACGGGUGGCUAUCCUCGGCGCGACAACUGGCGAAGGUCUGGCUCUGCUGCAGUUGCUCAGUCGCAAAGGAGCCAGAAUUUCGGUAUCCGCACCGAGGAAAUACCAAAACAUUCUGUAUGAAUUUGGGGCGACAGAGUUCAUAGAGUUGGAGAUGAACGAUGACGUGGGGUGGACGUGGAGCGCUGUGGAGCAGUUCGCGUGUCGCAGCGGGCCGUGGGACGCGCUGCUGUGCUGCGAGGGGCCGGGCGGCCCGCCCGCAGCGCCGCGCAGCGUCCGCGCGCUGCUCAGGUCAACAGCUCCCAAAAGUGCCUUUAUUGACCUCCGGUCCAAAGCCCUGCUGACUGACAGGCUGCCGACCCCUCUGUGGCUCGUCUUCUGCGCGUCUUUCUACACUUACAGAAUGUUAAGGUGGUGCGUGGGGCUGGGCGCGCACGCCGACUGGCUGGAGCCGCGCGCGCGGCUCGCGCCCGGCCUGGCGCGCCUCGCCCACCUCGUCGACACCGGACACCUCGCACCCACUUUGGAUAAGGUGUAUCUUCCCCAAGACUUCGAGACAGCUUUGGCGCAUGCCUGUAGUGAUGAAGCUUUUGGCACGACGGUUAUUCGAUUUCCAUAA